AUGGACAUCGACACACCAGCACCGCAACUGAGGUGGUCAGGCAGCUUCGACGUCAUCUCACCAGCCGCCAUCUCCUCGAAGAACUUGCGAGGCGAUAAGAUCCUCCUUCCACAGUCGGCCCUCGAGCAACUUCUUGCAGCCGCCCCGUCGAGAACACAAUAUACUUCAACAUUUACGUCGCGCGAUCGAUUCAAUCCCUACGCCGCGACCAGUGGUGCGCGGUCAAAUUACGACGAUAGUCAGCAAUUACCACAUCCCCUGACGUUCCGACUGGUGAAUCCGAAGAAUAAUCAUGUGGUAUAUACCGGGAUACGCGAAUUCUCUGCGCCCGAGGGUUGCGUGGGACUGAGCGCAUAUCUUCUUGAGGCACUGGGUAUUGACGAGAAAGACACUCGUGGAAGUGAGGAAGGAUCGGGGUUUCAGAUUGCGGUGCACGCUCACCAGCUACCAAAGGGCUCUUUUGUGCGAUUACGGCCCCUCGAAGCCGGCUACAAUCCGGACGAUUGGAAAUCUUUGCUCGAGCGUCAACUUCGCGAUGGCUUCACAACACUCACCCGCGAUGCGAUACUACCCGUACUUGGAGUACAGGGCGAAACUUUCAAGUUCUUAGUGGACAAGGUUGAGCCCGAAGGCAAUGGUAUAUGCGUUGUUGACACCGACGUUGAGGUCGAUAUCGAGGCGCUCGACGAGGAACAAGCACGCGAGACGCUCAGGCAAAUCAUGUCAAAGGCGCAGCCUGGCAGCACGCAGAGCACGUCCAAAGGAGGGGAGCUGGACAUUUGGAAAAGUGUGCAGGCUCAGGUAUUACCGGGUGAAUAUGUCGACUUCACGCUGCCCUCUUGGAACAGGACGCAACCGCUGGAGCUGGAGCUGUCAGACGUCGCGAGCCCAGAUGUGCUCGACCUGUUUGUCACUCCGCGGUCGGCACAGAAGCGUGGUCUCCCUCGUGAAACUGCCCAUGUCUUUGGGAAUUUCGACCCGGCAAUAGAUGGCACAAAGUCGAUCACGAUCUCGCCGACCAACAUAGAGAUACAAGAUGCAGAGUCUCUUCUCAUAGCGGUGCACGCGUAUGCUGACCCAGAAGAUUCUGGCGAGCAGCAAACACCCGUACAAUUCACGAUUCGAGCGCGUGCUGCUGAGGCCAAGGACUCUACCACAGACAGUUCAGCGUUGAACAGAAGCAUGCAGGAGCAUUCUCCCCACGAUGAGCAAUGUAAGAAUUGCCUUCAAUGGGUACCCAAGCGAACGAUGGUCCUGCACGAAAACUUUUGUCGACGUAACAAUAUCAUCUGCCCCCAAUGCAAGUCGGUCUUCAAGAAGGGCUCUGAUGAGUGGCAAACUCACUGGCAUUGCGAGUUGGACGAGGCACACGGCAAUUCCACCUUCAGCAAGAAGAAGCACGACGCGAUCUUCCACGGACACAGGCAAUGUCCGUCGUGCGACUUUUCGACGAACUCGCUGUCGGAUCUGGCGCGGCACCAGACGAGCGUCUGUCCCGGCAAGCUCAUCUUGUGCCGCUUCUGUCAUCUAGAGGUUCCGCAAGAAGGCGACCCCAUCAACCCGUCACCCGAGGUCGUCCUCUCCGGAAUGACGGCUCAUGAGCUGGCUGAUGGCGCACGCACGACAGAGUGCCAUUUGUGCGACAAGAUCAUCCGGCUCCGUGACAUGGAGACGCAUCUGAAGCACCACGAGCUUGACAAAGUGAGCCGUGCCAAGCCAGAAAUAUGUCGCAACGCGAAUUGCGGACGUACACUACACGGAAUUGGCCCAAAGGGGCAAAUUGGCACCGGAACAGCGCAUGGCCAGGGCCCAGGCAACGACAUUGGCUUGUGCUCCAUCUGCUUCGGGCCACUCUAUGUCAGUAUGCACGACCCUGAUGGCAAAGCCAUGCGUCGUCGCAUCGAGAGACGCUAUCUGGGCCAAUUGAUGACGGGGUGCGCAAAGAAGCACUGUGGCAACGAGUGGUGCAAGACGGGACGAGCAAAUAUCAACCUGGAGCCCAAGGGCACGACCGCCGCUGCCGCCUUGCCGCUGGUCAAGCCGUUGGUCAAUGAGAUUGCGGAUCCGAAGGCGCCCAUGUACUUCUGCGUGGAUGAGGCCAACCAGACACGGCGGACGGUAGCCGAGAUGAUCGCCGCCGAGCGAGUCUGGGAGUUGGAAUGGUGCAUUGCGGCUGCCGAGGCCGAGAAGGGGAAUCCGGAUAGGAUGCGCGAGUGGCUGCAAGCGUGGGCGCCUAGAGCGAUAUAG